AUGGUCCUUCUACCGCGAUUACGCAGCGUCAACUGGCAUGCACUGCGUCUGCCGGACGGGUGCCUGCCCAUGUUUACGUUGAUUCUCGGGUCGAAUCUCCGCAACGCUUCCAUCAGCACCAGGGGCAAAGACGUAGAUGCUGAAGCUGCGGUCGCAGGGGCGAUCGCAGUGCUCUCGCAAAAUUCCCCGCAUUUGCGCCAACUUCAUUUGGAAGUUUCUUCGAGGCAACAGCAUGCAAGUCAAAGCAUCUCCUCCGCUCUGGCGGACGGCAUUUCGUCCUUCCACCACCUUGUCGAACUCAACUGCCCCUCGGUCCCACUGACGAACCAGGCCUUGUACGCGCUGGCCUCUCUUCAGGACCUGGCGGAAUGUGCCCUCAGAUUACCCCAAAUCUACGAGCGGUCAACCAGCCGUAUUCAACCCCGCCCGUUCCCGGCCCUCAAGCGGCUCUCCAUCGUUGCAAGUGCAGAGGCAUAUGCGGAGUUUAGCCGCGCGUUUUCGUGCCCUCAGGUCACAUCGUUCGACCUCGACGUCCUCGCAGUCCCCGAGUCCCAGGCUAUACCAGAGCUCUUCUUGGGCAUUCGGCGACAGCUGCAUCCGGAGGUUCUAGAAACGCUAGCCGUGUACAUGUCUCCUGAUAUCGUGUUGACGGAAUCCAUGGUUCUAGGAAUGGGUGCGGUCGUGCUCCCGGACCACUUCGCCCCCCUCCUGGACUUCGCGCGUAUCACAACGUUCGAAUUCAACCCCCCAUGGGCGUACAGGGUCAGCGACGACCUGAUCUUCGACAUGGCCCAGGCAUGGCCUUUUCUGGAAGACUUCGCUCUCGCCAACAGCCCGUUCUGCAUCCAGCUGGAAUACGGGGCCACCCUGAAGUCACUCGCCGCCUUCGCGGCGCAUUCGCCCGUCCUCGAAGCCAUCGCUUACCCCUUCGACGGAAUCGCCGGUCGGACCGAGGGCGGGGCGAUACCAGACGAAUUCUACGGUGGCCUAGUCGUCGACGGCACGGCGAUUUCGAGCAACUCAAUAGUGACAGACCUCAUCGUGCAGCGGUGCCCCGUUGCGGACCCAGCACAAGAUGUCGCCGUAUUCCUCUCGGUGCUCUUUCCGGUGCUCAAGGCGGUCGACGUCUGUGAGGCGACCGUUCACGACCCACGUUACCGGGACGAGUAUCGUGCAAUUUGGAGAAAAGUGUCCGAGUGCAUUGAUUGGAUGGGUGGGGAAGAGAUGCACAGAGCACUCUACGUUGCGGAGAUUGCUAGGCUCGUCUGCGACAAUGCGAACCAGUCUAGCCUAGUGGCACUCGCCCGAUGUUGCAGCGCCUUGCACCAGGAAGCGAUGACCGCGCUCUGGAGGAAACUCGACACCCUUGCACCUCUCGUAUCGACCUUGCCCAGCGACUGUUGGGUGAUCGAAAAGCGUGAACAGAGACUCACACGUCCUCUGAUUCCCAGCGACUGGACUACCUUUCUGAAGCUGGCCGCCCAUGUUCGAAACCUGGCUCCCCCCUACCGACGACUCUUAAGGUAUAGCGACACGUCAGUAGCCGACGCAGUACUUCGAGCGGAUGUCAUUUCCACCCUCUGCAAACAACGACCCCAAACGACCAUCUUCCCAAACCUUCGUUCGCUCGACCAGGAGGCCUUGGCCCGUUCAUUUGAACAGAUCGCCGACUUUCUGCUCAUGGUCGGGCCACAGCUCACUCACCUUCGCAUGGGCCGCUUCAAGUCUCCUGGGCAACUGUUACGGGCACUCAUCAUUGUCUAUACGCGGUUCUUGCAACUCCGGGAUUUCUCAGUAGGUGUGGCACUCUUGGCCGACCUUCAGGACAUGCCCACCUCUCUUAGUAUAUCCCCGGCGUGGAUCACUGCUUCUCCCUUGGUGAGAUUUCACUGCGACCAACUCGCAUUGACGGAGGAAACGAUCGGUGCCCUAUCGACAUUGGCUACUCUCGAGGAACUUUCUGUGCGCCUUCCCGACAAGGACUCGUUCCCUCAUAUCAACAUCGCCUCUUCGCCGUUCUCCAAAGUGCGGGUUCUAGACGUCGUCGCAACGUCAAAUGCGUACGUGGCCUUCGCCAGUGCCGUCGGGAUUUUUCCCUGCGUGCGCGAGUUUAUACUACGGAUUGUAUACGACGAGCCCAACACCAUCCCCCCGCACCAGCUGGUCGACACCAUUACCGCAUCCCUAGUCCCGGAGCUGGUCAUCCAAAUCUCCGUCAGCGCACACGACAUGGACGACGCGUUGGACACCGCAGCGCUGCCGAUCGAGAUACUCGUGUUCUUCCGCGCAGCCGCCUUUCGGCCGCUCCUCAAGUUCGCGCGGAUGUACCAGUUCACCUUCACGCUCCCAUGGGUACACGACGUCGACGACGCGCUCCUCCUCGACGUUGCCAAGGCGUGGCCCGAGCUGUCGACGUUCUACCUCGGAACCGAACCCUACUGCAUGUGGAUGCCGCCGUCCAACUGCCCGACCCUCAGGUCCCUCCCGCCGUUCGCGGUGUACUGCCCCGCCCUGUCCGAGCUCGGGUUCCAGUUCAACGCCAUGGACGUCGAGGUGGGCAGGAUCACGCCGAGCUCGGAGCUCUACGGGGAGCUGCGGGCUUCUUCCUCGUGCAGCCGCUCGGUCCUGUACUGGCUGCAGGUCGCGACGUCGCCCAUCGCGUACCCGGCGCAGGUGGCGGGCUUCAUCAGCUGCGUCUUCCCGGAGCUGAUGGAGCUGAAGUACAGCUCGUUCAUGGACCUGGGAGACGUAGGGGCGACGCUUGAGGCCCGUUGGGAUGAGGUCUCCCGGGUUCUUCCCGUUCUGAAACUGGUGCGCGAAAACGAACGCAAGAGGGUCCAAUUCGACGAGGUGGAUGGAUGGCCGGGUGACGACACUGAAAGUGCUGUGUCCGUUGAAGACACGCCGUGAGGAAAAGGAGUACAUCGCGAGUGCGCUUUAUUGCUAAUUUACACUACUACUACUGUCAUAUAUUGCGAGUCUAGAUCUAAGACAUCAUACCAUCGGCCACUCGGU